CAUGGUGCCCUGCGGGCGCCGGCCGUCCUACGCAGGCGCGGCCGCCCUCGGGUGUCCUCUGUGCCGGCGAGCUAGGCCGCGGGACCCGGGCGGAGGCCGGGCAGCGCGUCCGAGAGCUGAGCCCGCUGCCCGCCGCAGCCAUGCCGGACAGCUGGGACAAGGACGUGUACCCCGAGCCCCCGCGCCGCACGCCGGCGCCCUCGCCGCAGACCUCGCUGCCCAACCCUAUCACCUACCUUACGAAAGCCUUUGACCUCCUCGUGGACCGGCCGGUGACCCUCGUGAGAGAGUUUAUCGAGCGGCAGCAUGCCAAGAACAAGUAUUACUACUAUCACCGUGAGUUCCGCCGCGUGCCGGACAUCACAGAGUGCCAGGAGAAGGACGUCUUAUGCAUGUUUGAAGCAGAGAUGCAGUGGAGAAGAGAUUACAAAGUUGAUCAAGAAAUCGUCAACAUUAUCCAGGAGAGGCUGAAGGCCUGUCAGCAGAGGGAAGGUGAGAGCCACAGGCAGAACUGUGCCAAGGAGCUGGAGCAGUUCACCCAGGUGGUCAAGGCCUACCAGGACCGCUAUCACGACCUGGGGGCCCAUUAUUCUGCCAGGAAGUGCCUGGCAAAGCAGAAGCGGAGGAUGCUGGCCGAGAGAAAAGCUGCCAAAGAGGCCGCCGCCGCCUGAGGCCGCUGUUUGUCCCUGUGUGUCCUUGUGUCGUCACUGCUGCUCCAAUAAAGAGUGAGAGAGCCUG